AUGUUAACUCGUCGGCGUUCUUUUUUGAAAUAUCUAGUCUUAAUUCCAACAAUAUGGCUUCUUGCAAUAGUUACAUUAUCAUUCCGUAGUGAUUCACCAUCAUUACCUCAAUCAAAUAAUGAUAUUCCAAUUAAUGUUGUCAAUCAAAUAGUAUCAGCACCAUCGUUCGUUGAUCGAAUUCGAAAUGUUUUACCGUUUAUCUAUCAAAAUCCUGAUAAUGAACAUCCAUCAGAAGAACAUGCUAAAGCUCGCGAACAACAACGAGAAAUGAAUGCUAAAGUACAAGUAAAUCCACCUGAAAGGAAUAAUCAUAAUGAACGAAAUGCAAGUGGUCCAGGUGAAAUGGGAACAGGAGUACGAAUACAAAAAGAUAAGCUAUCCGUAGAAGAAAGAAAACUCUACGAUCAAGGAUGGCAAAAUAAUGCAUUUAAUCAAUAUGUUAGUGAUAUGAUUUCAGUAAGAAGAACUUUGCCUGAUGCUCGUGAUCCCGAAUGUAAAAAAGUUGAAUUUCUUCCAAAUUUACCUGUUACAUCGGUCAUUAUUAUUUUUCAUAAUGAAGCUAGAUCAACAUUACUACGUACUAUUUGGUCUGUUCUUGAUCGAUCAGCAGCUCAUCUAUUGAAAGAAGUCAUAGUUGUCGAUGAUUUUUCUGAUAGAGAAUAUUUACACAAGCAGCUUGAAGAUGAUAUUAAACCGAUGGAUAAAGUUCGAAUACUUCGCACGAGUAAACGUGAAGGUCUUAUACGAGCUCGUUUAUUUGGUGCUUACGAUGCAAAAGGGCAAGUUUUGAUCUUCUUGGAUUCGCAUUGUGAAUGUGCUGAAGGAUGGCUUGAACCAUUGUUGGAUCCAAUCGCACGAAAUCCAAAAGCAUCUGUUGUUCCGCUCAUUGAAAUCAUUCAUGAUGCUACAUUUGAAUUUCAUGUUACACCAAUUCAAAGUAUUCAAGUAGGCGGAUUUGAUUGGAAUCUUAUUUUCAAUUGGCAUAUGACACCAGCGCGAGAAAUGAAAAGGCGAAAAAAUAGAACUGAUCCAAUUAGGAGUCCAACUAUGGCUGGUGGUCUAUUUGCUAUCGGUCGAGACUGGUUCGAACAAUUAGGAAUGUAUGAUCCGGGCAUGGAUAUUUGGGGUGGUGAAAAUCUUGAACUGUCUUUUAAGCUUUGGCAAUGUGGUGGUGAACUCCUAUGUGCACCAUGUUCACAUGUUGGACAUAUCUUUCGAAAACGUUCACCCUAUAGUUGGCCAAAAAAUGUUAACGUUGUUAAGAAAAAUACUGUUCGCCUUGCUGAAGUAUGGCUAGAUGAAUAUAAACAAUUCUACUAUGAAAGAAUUGGCCAUGACCUUGGUGAUUAUGGAGAUGUAUCUGAUCGAUUAAAAAUUCGUGAACGUCUUCAAUGUAAAUCAUUUAAAUGGUUUCUUGAUAAUAUUUAUCCUGAACAAUUUAUUCCAGCAGAGAGUUUAUAUUUUGGCGAAAUUCGAAAUCAUGGGAAAUCAAAUACAUGUGUUGAUUCACAAGAUUCUGUUGAUCAUGGCAAGCCAAUUGUGGGUUAUCAAUGUCAUGGACAAGGUGGCAAUCAAUUUUUUCUUUUUUCAAAAACUAAUGAAAUACGACAAGAAGACAAAUGUUUGGAUUUUUCUGGUACAGCAUUACAUGAAGCUGGAAAAAUUGUGUUUUUGGCAUGUCAUACAAUGCAAGGAAAUCAGAUGUGGUUCUAUGAAAAUGAUAUGAUACGACAUUCUUCAGACCGUUGCAUUGAAUUAUCAGCAGUCAAUGCUAACGAUAUUUUUAUGUCUGGAUGUGAUCGAUCGAAUAUAUAUCAAAAAUGGUCGUGGAGAAAACGCGCACCCAAAAAUUGA